AUGCGCCUUUCGCCGCCCACCGCCGUCGUCCCCGUCCCCAUCCCCAUCCCCAUUGCAUUCGACUCCCUCGCCGUUGCGCUUCGUCUGGCGCUCGCCGGCCUUGUGCUGUGCUCGUCGGUCCGCGCCCUGCCUGGCGAGCCGCUGCCGCUGGCCGUUCCCGCCGCCGCCGACUGGAUUGGAUAUGACGGAAGCUGGAACCCCGUCGCCAUCCGCGUCGGCUCUCCGCCGCAGUGGAUCAAUGUCUUCCCCAACACUGGCAGCUCCGAGACCUGGGUGAUCGGCCGUGCAGGAUGUGAUGGCACCAUGGAAUGCCGAACAGAGCGCGGCGGCCUGUUUCUCCCCAACCAGUCCAGCACCUGGCAGGACGUCGGUUUCUACGAGCUCGGCGAUACCGUUCAGCUGGGCCGCCGCGGCGUGGGCUACUAUGGCUUUGAUAACAUCUCCAUGGAUAGCGAGCUCAUGCUCGCCGGCCAGAUCGUCAGCAUCCUCAACAUCACCGACUGGUGGAUUGGCUCGCUCGGCCUAGGAAUCAAGCAGACGAGUUUCACCAGCGAUGACAAGCUGUCGUUCGUCGGCACUUUGGCUGCUGAUCGCAAGCGAAUUCCGAGCCAUAGUUACGGUUAUACCGCUGGCGCAUAUUAUCAGUCGAAGGGCAUGCCAUCGUCGCUCACCUUGGGAGGAUUUGAUACUAGUCGAUUCCUCUCUAAUGAUGUGACCUUCGCUCUGUCUUCGGACAACCUUCCUGUCGUAGCCUUCAAUUCAAUCAAAGUCUCAACCAGCCGAGACCCUCUAGGGUCAAGUCUCUUAGAGCUCUCCCCGUUACAGCGUCUAGAUCUUUACAAGAUUGAUUCAUCCACGCCCUUUUUCUGGCUGCCAGAGUACCUUUGUGACGCCUUUGCAAAGCAGCUGGGCCUCACCUACAAUGACACACUGCAGCUAUACACAUAUGGUUCGAACUCAUCGCGAUAUGACAGCGCCAUGAAUUCGAAUGUGUCUGUUACUUUUACUAUCUGUGAUCUUCCAGGGUCUCGCAAAACUGUUGACAUCACCCUUCCUUUCUCCGCCUUUGAUCACAAACUAUCAUACCCGUUUCCUAAAUAUGAUGCAAAUGUUACUUCCCAAAGUCUUCGCUAUUUCCCCUUGCGCAAAGCGUUUGAUCCAAAGCAAUUUACUCUGGGCAGGGCGUUUUUGCAAGAGGCCUACCUAACCGUUGACUAUGAACGUCGCAAUUUUUCAGUCUCCCAAGCCCAGUUUCCAUCCGAUGCUGAGACUAGUAAGAACCUCGUGGCAAUACCUCAUCCAUUAAGCGCUAUAUACGAGCAAAACCCUCGGAGCCCUUUAUCACCUGCGGCUGCCAGCGGCAUCGGCGUUGGGGUGGCGGCUAUAGCUAUCAUUGCAACCUGGGGCAUUGUUGUGAUGUAUAAAAAAAGAAAGAAGACAAAAGAAUCAAACAAGCAAAUUCCCGAAAAGGGAGAUCAGAAAAACGAGAAAAGAAGCCGUUGGAAGUUUUGGCGCUCCUCGAACCCAUCUCCGCCAUCCGAGUUACUCGGCGAUGAGCAUUUCGCUACUGAAGCGCCAUCAGACCCAUCGGUCACCCGGUUUGAGCUCCAGGCUCCAAUGGCACCCGUCGAAUUGGAGGCCUCUGAGAUUACCAACCCUCUCUACAGUGCCAGUGGAAAGAGGCGAGAUAUCGCCAUUAUCCUGCCUGCCUACGAGACCAGAAACGUGCCUACUAGCAGUGGGGAGAUUGCUGUACCCGCUGCUACCCUCACCACCGGGCCACCGGUGUAUAUUUUCCCCUAUGCUGCUCUCGACACCAGUGAUGCCGAUUCAGAGCUGGUCAGCCCCCUCGCGCCGACGCUAUCGACGUUCAACGACAGCAAUAGCGGCGAGGCGCCUUCUCCGCUGACCCCUUCUGGGAGUCGGUCUUUCAGGGGCUUCUUCCCCCACGCCAUGCCGCCACCAUCAGUGUCGCCUACAGAAGAACAACUGUCCUCAACUUCGCCAGGCACUACAGCCAAUGGCUCGCAGCCUGAAGAUGCCCAGGGCCCAGGUGAGCCUAUGCCACGGCCGCGAACGCCGCCGCGUGUCUUGAGGAGAAAGUUCAGCUGGGAAGAAUGA